ACCGGCAAAGACGUGGGAGUGUUUGUCUGUUGUGCUGCAUUCCAGUUCAAGAAGAAACUUGGAAAAUUUCAACUUUUGAGCAGGAAUUUUAAACUGGAAUGCCCUUCGAGUCAUGUUUCUAACUUGGACAGUAGAUGGUCCAGGCUGGCUUCGAGGCAGGUAAACAUCUGUAUCACUGCUUGUUAAAUAAGCAGACUCAGUCCAGCUGUGUGGGGCGCAGGAUUGUUUCACACUGGAUCACUGAGACCUGAUAGAAACAUCACCGUCACGUGAAAGCUGGAAAACAGUGUUCCCUGUGUGCUGUUUCAUGAUUACUGUGGAUGAGCGGUGUUGUUCCAGAGAGAGGACACCGUCAGGUCUGUGACGUGCUUGUGGUCCUCCUGUGGGGGCUGGGAGAGCUCUCUGAAUGGUCACCGUUUCCAUGCUAAAUGUGGACAAAAGAAGCCAGGGUAAUGCUAAUGAUGGCUGCUCUGAACCCCCCAGGGGAGCGCAAGAUCACAUUUGGAGCCAGAGAUGUGGGACGUGUGCCCCUCUCUACCCCGACCCCCUCUUCCUUUAAUCCAGCAGGAAGUCUGGAUCACUAUUUGGAGACUCCAUGAGGACGACCACAGACUGAGAGCUGUGGACUGAACCUCGCUCUUACAGAUAAAGGCUUGUAACCUGACACUAGGCUCACCCCCGAUCCAGCUGAAACCUGUCCUUCCUGUUGCUUUCUGUCCAGCCUCUGAGGCGACAGCACUGCUUUGGCUCCUGCAGCUUUAUGCACAGCCUGCAGAGCUGAUUGAGUCUGCUCUCAGCUGCACUUGACCGCGGUCAGUGAGCACCAGCAGCACCAACCGUUAGCACACGGUGCUCCCUCUGCUAACAAAGGACUGUGAGGCUUCCUGCACCAACCGACAGGAUCCAGCUCUGCAGAAAGACGGUAACACACCACCACAGCACAGGAGGAGAUGGAGGAGCAAAGGAAGAGUUUAGAAAUUGAUUCUCCACAAGAGGAACAAAGAGGCGAAAAUGGGCAGAGACCUCAGCACUGCAGUGGGCCUGACAAAGCUCACCCACCAGCUGCAAAGGGAAACAGAGUGCAUCGUUGUGACGUCUGUGGAAAGGCUUUCACCAAGAUGGACCACCUCAGAAGACACCAACACAUCCACAGUGGGGACAGACCCUUCAGCUGUGAGCAGUGUGGAAAGGGUUUUAAUUGCAUUUCUAACCUAAAAUCACACCAGUUCAGUCACAGUGGAAUUAAACCAUUCAGCUGUGACCAGUGUGGAAAGGGUUUUACUCAGUCGAGUGAUUUAAAAAAGCACCAGCUCGUCCACAGUGGGGUUAAACCAUUCAGCUGUGAGCAGUGUGGGAGGUCUUUUAUUCAGAAGAGUGAUUUAAAACGGCAUCACUUCGUCCACAGUGGGAUUAAGCCAUUCAGCUGUGACCACUGUGGAAGGGGUUUUACCUGCGUUAGUAAGUUACGGAGACACCAGCUCAUCCACAGUGGGGUUAAACCAUUCUGCUGUGGUCAGUGUGGAAGGAGUUUUAAUGAGAUGAAUGAUUUAAACAGUCAUCAGCUCACUCACAGUGGAGUUAAACCAUACAUCUGUGAUCAGUGUGGAAAGGCGUUCACUUGCAUUAGUAAAUUAAAACGACACCAGGUCACCCACAGUGGAAUUAAAGCAUUUGUCUGCAGCGAGUGUGGAAAGGCUUUUACAGAGAAGGGUGAUUUGAAAAGACACCAGUUCGUCCACAGUUGGGUUAAACCAUUCACCUGUGAGGAGUGUGGAAAGUCUUUUACUUGCCCGAGUAAAUUAAAAACACACGAGCUCAUCCACAGUGGAAUUACAGCAUUCACCUGUGAGCAGUGUGGAAAGGGUUUUGCUUUUGGUGGGAGCUUAAAGAAACACCAGCUGAUCCACAGUGGGGUUAAACCAUUCAAGUGUGAUCAGUGUGGAAAGUGUUUCACUAGCAGGGGUGAUUUAAAAACACACCAGUUCACCCACAGUGACGUUAAGCCUUUCAGCUGUGAGGAGUGUGGAAAAGGUUUUGUUUGCCAUAGUAGUUUAAAAAGACAUCAGCUCAUCCACAGUGGGGUUAAAGCAUUUGUCUGUGGGGAGUGUGGAAAGGCCUUUACUGAGAUGGGUGAAUUGAAAAGACACCAGUUCACCCACAGUGGGGUUAAACCAUUCAGCUGCGAUCAGUGUGGAAAGUGUUUUAGUCAGAAGGGUGAUUUAAAAAAUCAUCAGCUCCUCCACAGUGGAAUUAAACCAUUCAGCUGUGGUCAGUGUGGAAAGGCCUUUACGCUGAUUACUAACCUACGGAGACAUCAGCUCACCCACAGUGGGGUUAAACUGUUCAGCUGUGGUCAGUGUGCAAAGGCCUUUACUCAUAAAAGAUACUUGAUAAACCAUCUGCAAACCCACUCUGGACAUAAGCAGUAAACGUGUGACGUCUGGCUUAUAGACCAAGUAUGGAGCUAUAAGCCAGUACAGUUUGUAAAGACAAUCCAUAUUUACAAGUCCUGUGACUUUGUGUAAUAAAGUGGUUUUUUUUGGAAAACUUUGUUAAGAUGUGUUUCGGGGGGGGGGGGGGAGCAACUUCAUUUGCAAUCAAACAAUACAGUUAAGAACUUUAUUUUUUGAUCCAUUAUCAGUUUCAACAUUGUUUACGCUGAAUUUACUAUUAUGAUUUAUUGGUUGAUUUCCAAAUGGAUAGUGGAUGUUCUUAAAUUUUAAAACAACCCUGUCAAAGGAAAAAACCUUAGAGAAGCAAGAAACACAAACUCAAGUUAUGGCAUGUACAUGGGCGAGGCUUACUGCGUGGCAAGGCAGGCCUCAGUCCGUUCUUUAUUUUAUAGCAGAGAAUAGAUUACACAGCAUCUCUAGGUGGAGCAUACGUAAUAGAAAAACAUCUCUAGAUAUGGUUAUCGCAUGAAUGGCCGUUAUCCAUAAGACAAGAGGAACUAGUAUCUUUUGUCAUAUCAGCUUCAGGUUGGAACUGUCUCUGCCUGAGCGUGUGUGACUUUGUAACUUCCUCACGCAUGCUUCUGUUCCUUAAUCUGUAGGUUGCAGGCACAUCAUGUUUUCACAAGAAAUUAUACUUAAGCAAAAUAAAGGUUAUCAAAGUAAGUAAAUGUAAAAAUCUCUUAACAAACCCAUUUAUAAGAAACAGUUUUUAUACCUUUACAGUAUCCAGGAGCUGAUCCAGGAUUUCCUCGCUGACAAAAACAGUGGUAUCAGCAGGAAACAAUAUACAAUUUAAAUCAAGACAUUCUAUAAUUAAUUUAAAUACAGUAUAAAAGUAAAGGACUAAGUACUGAACCUUGUGGUCCACAAAUUUACAAUUGAGCCGAGUAGGUACUAGUGGGAGAGGGUUAUAAGAAGGAAGGAGGCCAAGGACUAGUGAGUGUCAGAGCCACUAACCAGGAUGAAACAACAAAUACCCAAUGUGUACCUCAGGAAGAUGGCCACAACUGAUCACGUAGUUAGCACCUCAAGGAGUAGACACCUGAUAAUGAAGAGGAGUGAGAUGCAGAACCAUCAUGGAAGCACAGGCCCUGCACGGCAUGUCCAGCAGAUAGGAGGAGCUGAUAGUGAGAAAUCUACCAGUGGCUGGACUGGAAGACAUUGUGCUCUCAUAUGUGCAGGGCAUUUAAAAACUUUGGGGGAGUAAAUUUGAUUUUACCCUGUGAAAAAUGUUUUUCAUCCAUGAGACUGUACAUGUUUCAACAGUUUAUAUAGUGUGGGAUAAACUUUGGAUUAUGUGUUACAUGCACCGAGUUCCUCUUUAGAAAACAGGAAGUUGAAUCAGGGGUUCAGAUCUCAGCAGUUCUUUGAUUUAGCAAAUAUACAUUCACAUGCCGUCAAUGAAGAAAACACAUUUCUCCCUGCUUCAAAAUAAAAGCUGUGCACGCUGACCUUUGUUUUGAAGGUGUGGACUGCAGCAGGGUCAGUAGUGACUGAGUGAAUGUGGUCUGUGAGGAUGUAAUCUAAGUUUUUAAAUCUUCUUUACAGAUUCUCACAGGUUCACACACAGAACCAGUGUGGAGCACGCUCACUUCUCCUAAAGUGUUGCUGUAAUACACACUUACACACCUCCUGCUGUCAUCAGCUCGACUGUUUCUCAUCGAUCAAUCGUGUAGUUCAACAAACUUCACAGGAAAAAAGACGAAAAUGUUGUAACCCAGAAAAGCCUGAUGUAACACUAGCCCUGUAUUUUAUUAUGUUUAGUAAACAGAGGCGCCCUCUAUCAGGAGCAAAUGUUCACCCCUCCCUCAGAUGGGUUCUGCUAGAGGUUUCUUCCUAUUAAAAGGGAGCUUUUCCUUCCCACUGUCAUAGGGGUUCUGUGACAGUGGGAAGGAAAAGCUCCCUUUCAACAGGAUUGUGGGAUUCCUCUGUAUUAUUGCAGGGACUCUACCUUACAAUGUAAAGGGACUGUUGUUGUGAUUUGGAGCUACAUAGAUAAAAUGUAAUUAAUUGAAUCCCAGCCCCUGGAGCUUGGAUUCAAUUCAAUACAUCACUUUUCUUUUUUAGCUUAUCUUACAGUGGUGUAAUGGUACUUCUAUGUAAUCCUGUGGUUUGUAUAGUGGGGAGCUUUGUACUUUAAAUCAGACAGAGGUUGUACAGAAUUCACACCUGUUUUUGUUUGUGGGUUUUUUGACCGCUCAAAGCUUUUUCCACAACCCAGAAUGCCCAGUAACCCCAACACACUCGUGCUGGUUCCAUGGUGGUUCCAGUGCUGUGGGUUUCCUGUACCAGUCCAUCAGAUGUGCUGAACCUCUGAUAGACUGUUUUCAGGUGAGAUGGUGCUUUCAAUGAGCCUCAGUGUGUCCUAUACCACCCCAUCAGUGGAAUCACCUUCCUGCAGGGGUCUCGGACAAAUGGUCCUCCGGGUACUUCUGGGUAGCUCUUCAAAGAUUCACACAUGGCUGUGUCAUUAUUUCACACAUUGUAACACGGCGUGAUUGGUAAACAGAAGCCUGUCCUGGAAACCGACUAAAACUAACGUAAAAAUACGAACUAUAAAUCUAAUCUGCCUAAAGUAAGAAUUGUCAGAGGAAAGUGUUCUUCCUUGAAGAUUUGAGUAGUUUUCAUUGUAUCUUUGGAAAAGAGUAACUCUGACUUCACCCUGAGGUCUAAUCUAGUCAUUAAUCCAUCAACAACACUUUGAUUUCCUGUGGAGGACAAAAAAAUAAGGAGAGUGCACUGAAGGCUGAUGAUUGUCCAUGUAGAGAACUUACUAAUGUGAUUUUUCUCAUGAAGAUUUUCCCCAUAAACCGCAGUUCGGAUGUGGCAAUAUGUAUGCGUGAUGUGAUCAAAGCCAGAUUUCCUCUGUGAUCCAUAAAAGGAGCGCUUCCUUGGUGACAGCAGGUAGUCACUCAGCUCCUCCAGCCUGUAGCAUAUAUAAGAGCUUCUCCUCCACCAGCCUGAGA